GACAGACGAUACUUCUAGAUUUGACAGAUGAUGUGGCCUAACGACUUGUUCUCAUAAUUUUUUGGAAUUUAAAUUAAUAUUUAUUUCUACAUAACUUAUAAUACCAUGUCAAGAUGAUUGUGAUAAAGACUAUUAUUUUUUUUGUGUUAAUUACAGUUUGCUAUAGUAGAUUGCCAGACAAAGUGCUAUGUGCAAAUCAAGAAUGUAAUGCACCAAUAUCCAAAGCCAAAACUCUUCUUAGUUAUAGCAGUCCACAAUCUGAUCUCUUAUCAUUCAAAGGCAACUCAGAAGCAAUAAUAUUUAAGAAAUCAGCUGGAGGAAAUUCAGAUUUAUGGUAUGCCACUAUUAAUGGGAAGUCUGGUUUUGUAAAUACUAGAUUUUUAAGGGAGAUUAAAGUUUACACAAAGAAUUUAGUAGAGAUGCCCAUUGAGGUAAAACCUAUAGUUAAACCUGAUAAAGUACAACAACCCCAUGAAGUGUUUGAAGGAACAACAAUAUACUCACCAGAUCCUACUCCACCAGCUGAUGCAUCUAAAAUAUCAACAGAACAAAUAUCUCAAAUUAGUGAAACCAUCCCUGAAUCCUCCCUAUUAGAGACAGAUAUAGAUUUAGUUAAUGAUAUGAGCAAAGAAAUUACAAGUGAGGAAGAAACACCAAAUGAUUCUUUAGAAAAAGUAGAUGAAAGUAGUGGCACUGAAGUCCAUUUCGACAGUAAGCAAGACACACUUGAGUCAAUAAGUUUAGUGUCUGAAGAAGUUUCUGGAACUACAGAAAGUGUUAUUAAGUCACAUGAAACAUUUGAAUCUAUUUCAAAUCCUCCUCCACUUGAACAAAAGACUAGUGUCAAUGAUGAACCUCUGCUUGUCACUGAAACAGUACCAAGUAUUAGUGAACAGAAUGCAAACCUUGUAUCUAGUACAGAUAAAAGUGUAAAAAAUGAACCUCUGGUUGUCACUAAGACAGAACCAAAUAUUAGUGAACAGAAUGCAUACCUUGUAUCUAGUACAGAUAAAAGUGUCAAAGAUGAACCUCUGCUUGUCACCAAAACAGAACCAAAUAUUAGUGAACAGAAUGCAAACCUUGUAUCUAGUACAGAUAAAAGUAUAAAAAAUGAACCUCUGGUUGUCACUAAGACAGAACCAAAUAUUAGUGAACAGAAUGCAUACCUUGUAUCUAGUACAGAUAAAAGUGUCAAAGGUGAACCUCUGCUUGUCACCAAAACAGAACCAAAUAUAAGUGAACAGAAUGCAUACCUUGUAACUAGUACAGAUAAAAGUGUCAAAGAGGAACCUCUGCUUGUCACCAAAACAGAACCAAAUAUUAGUGAACAGAAUGCAAAUCUUGUAUCUAGUACAGAUAAAAGAAAUGAAAUUUUACAAGAAGUAUCAAGUGAGAGCCUGUCUGUUCAUGAAAAUUUGCCAUCUAUUGAUGAUAAUUUAAUUCAACAAAAUGGCUCUAAUACACCAAAAAGUGAGAUUGCAACAGAAAAUGAUGGUACAAGCACAAUAAAAGAUCACACGAGUAAUGAAAAUGAAAGAGCGCAAACCGUAGAGCUGGAUAAUUUUUCAGAAAGCAGCACUAUUUCUCUAAACAGUGACGUAACAACUAUAUCACCAGAAUCAGGGACAACUGUAGUGCCAACAAUACCAGCUAUAGAAACUGAAUAUACUACUGAUACCAUGUUACAUGAGUCUAAACCUCAAACAAUACCUGCCGCUGAUAUGAACUUACUCCUACAGGAGUUGCAAAAUAUGGAUACAACUACACUUAAAGUACCAUAUGUAUAUGCAACAUCUGAAGCAGCUAUUAAAAAAGAAGAUGUUGUAGCAGAAUCUGUUGCUGAAGAUAGAUUGCUUGAAAUGAAUACUGUAUCAACAACCACAGAGCAAUCACUAAUAGAAACUGAAUCUAACAGUCAGCAAUCAAGCGAAUUAAAUACAGAAUCUACAAGUUCAGAUGACGUUUUGACAACAACUGAGACACCUGUGACAGAAACAUACAUAAGCAGCACAACAGAGGGUUUAAUUGAAGAAAUAUUUACCUCUACAACAGAAUCACCACCAGUUGAAAGUGAAAAUGAAGGGAUCUUUUCUAAUAUAUAUUCAACUAUCGCCGAUAUCUUACCACCGUCUACGGAGGCCCCUCCUGAAGAAAUAUUUAAUCCUGAUCUUGUUGAGGCCCCAGAGAGUGAAUCAAGCUUUACCUUGACAUCAUAUCUUUUUAAUAUGUUAAACUCAGUUAUUGGAAGUAAGGAACAAAGUAAUGAAUUGUAUCCUUCAACUGGUGAAACCUGUUUCUCUGAAGAAUAUUGUGAUGGUGAAGCACAUGGUCAGCGCAAUAGAUUUAUAACAUUCAUUCUUACUACGGCCACAUCUGUGCUACUUUUCACUUUGGGAUAUUACUACAUUGAUAAUAAACGGCAAGACAGCAAAUUUAUCGGUACUAUAAACAAACUACAGAGAGAAUUGCUUUUUGCUACCAAGGAGUGUGAGAUCCUUAAAGAGGAGCUUGGCACUACAAAAAACAAAUUAAACUCGAUCGAAGACAGUUCUUUUGGGAAAGACGACAUGGUGCAAUCAUUAAAAGAAGAAAUUGAUGAGAUGAAAGCACAAAACGAUAGACUUAGAAAAUCUUUAGAUGAUAAUGAAAAGUUGUUGAGGGUGUCUGAAAAUACUGCUGGCGAGCUGCAGAAUACUUUGAGUGAAGUAGAGAACACUCUGAGUGAGCUGUGGGGAGAGAGAGCACAGUCUGAGGAGCAAAUUGCUGAAUUGAAUGAGAGAAUACAGGUAUUUGAAGAGGAGCUAAUAUCUGUGACUCGGGAUAGAGACAAUUACCAACUUAAGUUUGCCUCAGCUGAGAGUGCGUUAGACGACUACAAGAAGCAAAAGAAACUUUUAGAAGAUAUCAAUCAUCAACUCAUUGAAGCAAAUAAUACAAUUGAAUUGCAGAAACAUGAAAUUGUUGCUUUGAAGGAUGCAUUGAAACAAGUAAAGGGCGGCGCUCAGUCUAACAUUGACGUCACAUCUCUAAUAGAUCACACCGAAAUCAAAGCCAAACUUUCCAAAGCACUUGAAGAAAGGGAAACAUACAAAACUCGAUUUGAGGUGGCAGAGAAAGAAAGAAGUCAUCUUGCAGAUGAAUUGAAGACCACACAAGACUCGAUGAAGACAACAAGUCAGCAGGCCACCGAAGCUCUUACAAGACUGGAUGUGCUCGGGAAGUACUUCCAAGAACGAGAGACUGAAUUGAUGAAGGAAUUGAGCACAAAGGAAUCCUUAUGGUUAAGCAAACAAGGGGAAUCGGCCAGCACUGUGGAGAAAAUUGAGUUGCUGCAACAAGAAGUUCAAAGAUUUAAGGAGAAAUGCGACACAUUAACCCUGGAACUAGCGGAACAAGAGUCAGCCCGUCGCACCGCCAUCAGCGAGAUGGAGACUCGUGCGCACUCCGCUUGGCUCGACGCUCGUCAGGCCAAGAGGGAGGCGGAUGCUGCCAAGGAUGAAGCGGCGGCCCUGAGGAGGAAGCUGGCCGCCAUGCAUCAGGCUGACGGUGCUGCCUCUCCCAAUAGAGGGGUAGCAUCUCCCCUGGAAGCAGUGGAUGGUCUACCUCCAGCUCUGCCUCUAGCCUUCCUGCCGCCACCUUUGCUGCCGCCGUUGCCACGUCCACCGCCGCUGGGACGACUGCCUUCACCCCACGGCCCAAGAUACAGUGAAAGGCGAUACUCGCCCGAUAGGCGGUACUCACCAGAGAGCCGGUACUCACCUGCGAGUAGGUACUCACCCGAAAGCAGAUACUCACCUGAAACUGUCCGGUACUCACCAUCGAGACGGUAUUCGCCUCGGUCUCGCCGGUCUCCAUACUCGCCCCGGUCGAGGCGGCGAUCGGUUGAGAGAUACGAAAGUGGGCGUGGUUCCAGAGGUCGCAAUGGUCCAGCGGAUACCGAGACGGAAUACAACUCGGACAGUCCCACUAGAAGACCCAGGCGACGAUACACUUCGCGCUCAGGUGCUAGUUCAGUUUCGGGUUGUUCCUCGGAGUCAGAAAAAUGAAUAUAGCUAUCGAAGCCAAAUUAAUUUAUUGGUAAGGGUUUUCGCAGCUCGAUGGCAACGAUUGUAUGGUAUCUCCACUAGUGUACGCGGUUUAGAUUUAAAUUGGUGAUCAGCACUAAACAUCAUGGCUUUUAUUUCCUUAAAGAUACGGUACAGCAGGCUUUCAACUUCAAUAGUAUUAACUUUAGCGACAUCAGCUGGAUACUGAAUGAGAUAAACAAUCACUUUCGUCGUUAGUUUUACAGAGAAACCCAUUAUAUAAUAUAACAAAUGUUUACCACUUUAUUUCGGGCUAGAAAUGGGGUAUAAUGUAGAUCGAAAGUGGAUGAUUAAAAACACAUAUGAAGUUACUACGUGAUGAAAACAGCAUCUAAUUUUGCCCAGUCGAUAGUAUGCUAGACACAAUUUUAUUACCUCUAUAAAUCGGUAUAUAUACAAAGGUUCUUAAAUAUACCUUAUUUGUCAAUAGAUGGCGCUUUAGACAAAGAUAUCUUCCGUCUCCAUAGAGGCCAUGGCGUUUACUGCCUAUAAUUAUAACAUUUUAUAAACGCGAAACGAAACCAUACGUGCCUCAUCCCUUCAUAAAAUCUUGAAGUUAUUAUUUUGCCAAUGUACAUAGACUUUAUUUAUGAUCCGAAUUUAUCGACGAAGUCCAAGUAAACAAUGUGUUUUUGUUUGUUAUCAGAAAUUACGUUUCGGGGCAUAAGUUAUCAGCAUAUGUACUGUAUAAUGGAAUUUUAAAUACACACAGGCUAGCUAUCUACUUUAUUUAUUAAUCUAGUAAAAAUUUAAAUCAAAUGUUUUUUUUUGUUAUAAUUGACAGUAUAUAGUCCCUUUCGAUGUAUCAAGUAACAAUGUCUCGUACUUGAGGCGGCGCUAGAGGGCGCUAUACACUUAUGUACCUUUUCCACUAGUCCUUGCAAAACACAACCUUUUAUUUAUCUUAUAAUUACAUGGUUUGCGGAACUUCUAAUCUUACUGAAUCACAUUUACAGAAACUUUCCAACAAAUUGUAUGUCAAGAUAAGUGCGAAUCAUUUUAAAUUAUAUUUUAUAAUACUUUUUAAGUCUUGUUUCUGUCUACGUACACGCAUUUAUGAGCGUAUACGUCUCCAAAUGCAUUUUAGUACUUACGAACCUUCCUCUGUCAUUGACAUGCCCUUUAAUUUAUUUUUAAAUUGUUUUAUUAGGUAAUAAUGUACAUUGUAUUAGUAAUUAAAUAAAUUUUUAUUAUCA